GUGAGUCACUGAGGGCAGGGGGCGAGAGUGGCUUAUGGAAGAUGCAGCAGCUCAUCUUCAUAGAAGCCACGAAACCGGGUCCCUGCUGAGCACGAGGGAGAUAGUGCAGUGUUUGCCAGUGGAUAAGGGACCGCGCUGCUAUUGUAGCGGGGAUCUGGGCAUCAACUGCGCGAGAGAUCGCUUGGCGCGCGCUCAAAUGAUGGAGUUAGUGCGCAAAGCUCCGCGAAGCAGUACUGCCCGCCGUUCUGAGUUUGUCGUGUAGCUUUCCGGAGAGUUUUAGACGCUCUUCGUGUCAUUGGAAAUCCCCUGUUGAUUCGUUUCUCGGCUCCGGCGCCCCUCGAGUGCUCUCGCGGUUCCCUCUGCGUUGGAUGCCUGACGAGUCCCACGACACUGCAUGGCCAGAGGCUCCACCAAGCUGCUGCUGCUCACCACCGCUCCCACCGACACGAUUCCGUCCCUCCGACAGUUUCCCGCAGUCGGUUCCUUCCCCUCCCCCUACCACACGACGGUGUGACACCAACAGCAACAGCCACGGCCGUCCUGGCGACUGCUGUCAGGCCUCUGACGACCACGGCGGAGCGCACCUGACGCACACGGCUGGUGUCUCGGGAUUGGUGUAUGCCCACUGCGCGCGGGACAGGCGGCUCGACUGCUGUCACACCUUUCCGUUUCGGAUAAGACGGACACGGACGAGUACCGACUCUGACACCGACGACGGUAGCGAUAGCGAGCGACAAUGGCGAUGCUCAACAUACCCAGUAAGUAGGACCGGAGGGAGCCUCGCCUUCUGUUGGUUUUAAAAACAAAUAUUGAUUCGUUGUGUACUGGUGUGUUUGGUGUGCUUGGUGUGUGGUGUUGUUUUGUGUGACGGUGUAGGCACGAUUGACGACCCCAACUACCGUUACAAGAUGCCCAAGCUGAUGGCCAAGACGGAGGGCCGCGGCAACGGCAUCAAGACCAACAUAGUCAACAUGGCCGACAUCGCACGAGCACUCAAACGACCCCCCGGAUGUGAGUGAGCAGAGCUCUGUCCUGUCCCACACACACUCACACACGUUGAUUUGACACACAGGGAGGCAGGCAGGCAAGGGGCAAAUGGAGUUGUGGUUGGUGUGGUGUGGUGUGGUGUGGUGUGUCUGUAGAUCCGACCAAGUUCUUCGGUUGUGAGCUGGGUGCGCUGUCCAACUUUAGUGACAAGGAGGAGAAGGCCAUCGUCAACGGCCAGCACGACGCCAAAGUCCUGCAGGAACUCCUGGACAAGUAAGUCAAGUCAGCGGGCGAGCAUCCAUCCCCCCACCAGACACCCACGACACCCACCCUUUUCCACUCCUCUCUCGGCGUGUCGUGUGUCAGGUUCAUCCAGCUUUACGUGUUGUGCCCCAACUGCCACCUGCCCGAGAUCGAUUUGUCCAUCAAGAAGGGCACCAUCACCUACAAGUGCAACGCGUGCGGCGCGGCGGGCGACGGCGACAACGUACACAAGCUCGCCACAUUCAUACUCAAGAACCCACCCGACGGAUCCGAAUCCACCACCGGCAAAAAGACGUACGUGUUGACGCACACACCUUGACGCUUGACGCACACACGACAAGGCGUGCCGUGCCCCCACAUGGACGGGUGUGUUGGUGUGUUGUCUGUCUGUCUGUCUGAAUGUGCAGGAAGAAGAGCAAGGAGGAGCGUCAGGCUGCCCGUCGCGCCAAGACACACGAUGGCGGCAACGAUGACGAGGACGUAAGCCCUCACCCACCCCACCCGACCCCCAAAUACCCAUACCCAUACCACACCUCUCUGCUCUGUUCUGUGUGUCGGUUCGUUGUCCACCAGCUGGACGAGGUCGACGAAGCCCCCAAGAAGAAGAAGAAAGACAAGGCCGACAAAGACAAGACCGACAAGGACAAGGACAAGGACAAAGACAAGGCCACGGGCAAGAAGAAGAAGGCCUCGUCCAAGUCCAAAAAGGGCGACUCGGCCAACGGCGACGGAAACGGCGAGGGCGACGGCGACAGCGACGACAGGAACGGCGUCGAGGGCGACGAGGAGUUGGCUGACGCUGAGGAGAAAGACGACGGGUCUUCGCCAAAGGACACCCCCACGGCACACACCAACGGCACCGCUGGCACCACUGAGGUGAGUGAGUGUGGGUCGGUGAGGAGAGGGGGUGGAUGACUGUGAGAUGGUGUCAUUGGGUGGUGUGUUGUGUGCGGUGCGUGUGCAGAAGAAGAAGAAGAGCAAGAAGGUUGACGAUGAGGGCGUCAUGGCCAAGGAGGCGCUCACCCACGACAGCCCUGAAAUACGUAUAUAUGUGCCCGCAGACAAAACAAGACACACGCAUCCCAUCCCAUCCCAUCCCAUCCAUCUCUGCGAAUCGAAUCCACACGCUGUGUGGGCCUGUGUGUGUAUCUAUGUGACAGUUGACGUGAUCGAGCGUCUGCACAAGUUUGUGUCGAGCACCCCCGACAUGACGCCCACCGACUUCUUCUCCGAGGUCCGCCUUCUGCAGGUGUCGCAGGACUUCGACGGACAGGUGCGCAUCCAUCAUCGCAUGGGAUGGGUGGCCACACACACGCACCCGGCACAGACGUGUCCAGAGGCCGGCAACACAUACAUCCAUCUGUGUGUGUGCGUGUCCCUCACGUAGAUGCGGCUGUACGUGGUGCUGUGUGUGUUGUUUGGCGUUGACGAGUCCUCCCUCUGCUCCAACUCACUCAAAAAGCGUUUCCCGUUCGUCAAAAAGGUACACAAAAUACCAACCAGGAAGGGACCCACCAUCCUGCCCACCACGUGUCGUGUGUGUAUGACACGUGUGUGUGUGUGUGUGUGUGUGCAGGUGAUAGAUCAGACGAUGAAGGUUGGGGACAUCCUGAGUCCGCUGGAGCUGUACGUGGCGUCCAAGGCGCCCUCUUGCCUCUCGGGCACCGAGCAGAAACCCGCCGACUUCAACCUCAUACUCAAACAACUAUACGACGCCGAGCUUGUCGACGAAGGUGAGCCUUGCAGGCCACACACGUACACACACAGCCACCAGCAGCAGACGGAUGCUCCCUCUCCCUCUCUCUCUGUGUGUGUGUGUGCGUUGAUAGGUGGGUUCAUGAAGUACUACGGCGAGGGUGACGUUGACGAGGCGUCUCACCACCUGGAGUGCAAAAAGGCGGGCGAGUUCUUCCUCAACUGGCUGCAGUAAGGAUCACUGCACUGCACUCCACUCCACUCCCCACACGUCGGUCGGAUCACAGUUUGGACACGAUGGCCCUCCCCUUUCUGUGUGCAGGGAGGCUGACGAGGAGGAGGGCGAAGAGGAGGAGGAAGAAGAGGAGGAAGAGGAAGAGGUGAGCACGACACGGUACCCACACAACCCAGCAUCACCUCCCUCCCUCCCUCCCUCACCAUGCUUGUCUGUCUGUCUGUGCAUCAGGAUGGGGAGGAGUCGACCCCUGCAGUGAGCCGCCACGCGAGCAUGGAGCCCACCGCCAGCCAGCAGCCCAACGGCACCGCACCCGCCGACCAGCUCAACGGCCAAAAGGCCACCGAGGAGGAGGAGGAGGAAGUGGAGGACGACGACCUGGACAUUGACAACAUCUGAUGUGGGAGGGAGGGGUCACAUCUCAUCCCAUCUCAUUGUAUGACACGCCCAGCCAGCACAUCGCAUUACAUUCCAUGGACAUGGGGGUCGGUGGGGGAAGGGGUGCGUGGCGUGGGGCAGCGUCGCCUGCCCGCCUGUGGUCUGUCUGUGUCUGGCCGGUUUUCGUGUGCCCCUCUCUCUCUCUGUGUGUGUGUGUGUGUGUGUGUGUGUCCGUGUGUCGCUCUCUUUCUUUUCCUUCUUUUGUUCUGCCUGCCUGUCUGCCCGGUGUAAUCAAUGCAUACGUGACCUGACCUGUGUGUGUAUCGUGCGUGUCCUUACCUUACCUUACCUUACCUUACCUUAUCUGACUGACUGACAAAUGUGAUGAUUGAUGAUGCCAUGCCGUCCGUCGACUAUCCUUUUUCAACAACUACAAAUAAUGGUGCGCUGCAUCGCGCUCGAGACGGUAUGGUGCUGGGUGCGUUGAGGAUGGGCAGGUGACAGCGACUGAUGGCUCUCAACAGCCAUUGCGUCGCUGUCAGCUGUCCUUCCUGUACGCUCCCAAAAACAGACCACGACGCGUGCAGCAACAUGAGCAAUGAGCUGUGUGUGGGAGGAGAGACUAUUGGAU